AUGAUACUUGAAUAUGCUCUAAAUGAAGAGGAUGAUUAUAAACGAAUGACUAAUAUUACGAGAGGAUGUUAAUAAUUAGCAUAAUAAUUGCCUUUUUAUUCUAACUUUACAAACUCAAAUCUAAUUAGACAAUUAUUUUGUUGUUAUCCUUUUUAACAAGAGCCUGUAAAAUUAUUAUUGUCAAUAAUGAUGGACAGAUUUCAAAAUGUUGAAUUUUUGAAUAGUUUUUAUAAAGGGUUACUAGAAAUAGCAUUGCUUUAAGAAUAGAAGGCAAUGUUGAGCAGUAGAUCGCCUGGGAGAGGCAGAAAAAGUUUUUCAAAGUACUUGAGCUAUGAUAUUAGGAAUAUAAAAUGGAUAGUAAGGCUUGGCAAAAAAUUAAUUUCCAAACAAUUUGCAGUUUCAUUUUUAAAGCCAAUGUUCCUACUGGUGCAACAACUAAGGUAGUCUCUAGAGAGUAGAAGUGGAAUCUUCAUGACCUUUAUUUUUAAUACCAGGGACGAAUAAGUAAUAAAAUUGGUUGUGGACAAUUUUGAAGAGUGUAAAAGUGAGAUCUUUGGAGCAUGUACUUGGGUAAACAGAAUUGAUGAAUAGAUAGUUUAAUUUUUUUAUUCAAAUUAAAUAAUAAGGUCUUCAAACAUUAUUUAAGUGGAUUAAGACGGUGUUGAUGAACAAUAAGAAUCUUCUGAAUCUUCAAUUGAAAUAGAUCCAAAUGAGGAAAUAUAAAAAUGGAUUUGUUAGAAGAACACACCUAUGGUUAAUGAAUAAUUAGAUUACUUUCGAAGUUUUGAAUAUUUGGACUUAAUUUUCAAAUAUAUGUUUGAUCCUUGUCAUUUCAGUGCAAUACAUGAAUGGGAACAUCAUUAUGAUGAUAUUUAAAUCAAGCACACUUAAAAUUCAAGGAAAUUAAAUUAAAAUAAAGAUAUAGAUAAAUUAUUAUUACUUCGCUCAUUGAAGACUAUAAAAAUACUUAUGCAUGAAAACAAUUACCCAAUCAUUACUAAACUUGUACCUUAAUUUCUAUUUAAAUUAUUUCAUUAUAUUUACGAUUCCUUAAAUGAUUAUGAAAGAAACAUUGAUUUAAAUUAGAUUGCAUUUAUCUUAGACUUUCUAUUACAGACAAAUCCUAGACAAUCGAUAUUGAUGAUAGUAGAAUUUAAUUUGAUGUUUCAAUUGGUUUCCAUGAUAUAUAAUGAAAAUAUAGCCAUGCUUGUAUAGAAAAUAAUCUCAGAUGAAUAUGAUAUGGGGAAUUAUGUGUUUGAUCAUCUUUGGUAAUACUUAGAUUGCACAAAUUGGAUUCAAUAUUUCCUAAGCAUUGCCUUAACAUUGUAAGUUGAUACAUUCAGAGCAAAUAAAAAUAAUCAAAGCGAUAAAACAGUUUAAAUCAUAGGUUUAUUAAAACAAUAGAUAAAUUAUGACAGAUUAAUUCAUUAAGAAGAAAUAAAUGUGGACGAAAAGAAGUUGUUAACAGAUUACUUAGGUUAAUUACAAGCAGGAAAGAACUACAUUUAGUUUUACAGUAUGAAUCAACUUAAUUGGCAUAUGAACUAAAAUGUUAAAGAGAAUAUAACAGUAAGUGAACUAUUGGGUAAGGAUGUAGACAACUUAAUGCAAUUCAGAACAGAGAGACAGAUGUAUUAAUCAAAAGUUUAAAUGUCAAUAAGAGAAAAACUGUUUGUUCCUCAAAUGACAUAAUAAGAAACAAAGUUUAUUAGAGGAAAUAGUAAAAGAUAAAUAAAGGAAACUUUACAAUAGAGGGAAUUGACUAAUAAAUAAAUUGCUCAAACUGUAAAAUAAUUGCCAAGGUUGACUAUUGGAAAUUAAGAGUUAUCAAAAUGGAUUAAUGCAGGAAAGAAUCAGAUUAAUCUUAGUGUUGCAAUGUCUCCAAAGAGAACACCAAGAAGCUUUCAAAUUAAAACUGAAUAGAGCACUGAUUUUUCUUCAUUCUAUGAAGGUUUUUCAAGUGGAAGACUAAAAGGAUUGUAUCCCAGUCCUAAGAUCUCGAUUUAAUCUAGUAGUUUUGAAAGAAAAGCCAAAAAAUUUCAAUCAGAUGUUAAACUUCUACCAAGUUGUAUAUCUAUUUUAAAGUAGAUAAUACAGAGCAUCUUCUAAAACAUGAUGAGUCUUACCUCAUAGAAUAAAAAAUAAGCAUAACGAUUAAAAAUUGAAUAGGACAGCAUUUUACCAUCCUUUUUAAACAAGGAAAUGUUGAGUUAAUUAUUCAGAGUUUAUUUAUAUGACAUCAAUAAUUAGGAUAAAACGAUAUCAGAUGCAUCUUGUGAGUGUGGUUUGAUUAUAAAUGAAAUUUAUUUAAAUUGCAAAUAGCAUUCAGAACUUCACUAAUAUAAAUCUCUUUUAAAGUCUUGUUUUUAUGAAAUUGGGGAUUAUAUUUGUAAGGUUAUAGUCAAAUUGCAUGAUUCCGAAUAACCAUCAAAAUUUAAGAGGCAUUUGCUAACAUCUACACUACAAGAAGGUUUGAUCCUAUUUGGGGAAUAAUAAGACACUCCUAAGAAUAUAUUUGGUAUCUUAAAUGAGACUGCCCUACAUUUACUGAUAAUUUGGUUCUUUGAUAGCGAUCAAGCUAAUACCUACUAGUAAACAUUUGUGAAGUUAUUUACGAUAAUAUUUUCAAGAGCCCCUUAGUAUUUGCUGGGGAUAAUCCUUUUUAAACUUGGAUUGAUUAGUUCUUUGUAAAAUGCUUACUUUAAUUUCUUCAUAAACAGUGUAAAAUUUACAACUGGAGCUGAAAGUCUUUUUUAUUAUGUUAGUGUAAUGAUAUACGCCAUUAAACGUUCUUUGCUAACUAGGAAGACUGAAUCUAUCUUAAGUAACUUAGAACCUUUGAGUUCAUGGAAACAAUUCAAGGAAGUGGAAAUAGAUAAUAACUCCAAAUUUGUAUAGCACAUUGAAUCCAUAUUAUAAGAGCAUGAUGGAAAAACUCCGAGAUAAAUUAUAAAAAAGAAAACAAUUACGAUUCACUCUAAAAACGUUAUGUAAAGUCGAAGAUCAUAGUUAUAAAUGCAAUUUCAAAAUAAGGUUAGGAUUACAAUGCAAUAAACGACAAACGAUAUUGUAAAUUUGAUGAGAGUAAAGGAUAAAUUACUUCAUAAUAAGAAAAUUAUGCCUUCAUAAAAUAAUUAAUGA